AUGACCGUCGUACCAUUAUUGCCAGGUUCUGCUCUCAACUUCGACCUCUUGCUAGACAUCAUCUCUCUUGCGGCCAAGCCCGACUUCAGCGCCUUUUCUCGUGGCGAGAACCCGUAUGCAGGGCUGGCGAGCCUCUGUGGUAUCCACUCAAUCCUCCGCAAAGAUGCUUUGCGUUUACUCGUUCAUACGGUGGUCCUCCCUACACACAGGGAGCUUGUGCUGUUCCAGCAAACGCUGCAAGCCCAGAAAGAUCGUGCCAUUACGGGGCUGUUUCCCAGGCUUGCCUUUAACUACGUAGGAAACGUCCGCAGGAUUUUCGUUGGAUACCUGCCUAUCGCACCCGAUCUUGUCUUCUCCUCCCCCACCACUGAUGCCGACGAGAGGCAAGCCCAUGACUGGGCCAUGUCAAAGGCGAGCACGCUGCUCGACGACUCCGUGCUCGUUCCUGUGCUCCGCGCAGCGCGCGACAUCGCGGUCGACGAGACUGCGCUCUCCCUGAUGAAGAGGCUCUUUCGCCAGCCUGGCACCGAGGAUACGUCUCUCAGCCGGUCGAAGAUCCUGAUCGCACAAGAAGACCUAUGGGGCAUCGGACGCAAUCUUUGCUCUUGCCGAGCUCCGAAGGGGAUUAUCGAAUCACUAUGGAACAUAUCCAACCUUCAAGUGGCCCACACACGCUCAUUAGACGUGCAAGUGUUGCAGCGUGGGCUUGCGAUGGUAGUCGGCUGGAAGGGGAGAUCUUGUCGCUUUGACAUGAAAGAUAUCGAGAGCAUCACGAGACUCAAGUUGGUAGACCACGCCAUAAAGCACCACUCGCGAUUCGCUGUUAUGGACAUGGUGGGAGAUAGCAAGGAUCAGCACAUGAAAAAAGAUAAGAAGGCGAGAAAGAGUCGUUCGAGCCCGGUGAUAUCCGUCACUGGUCCGCCACCCUCUGUCGGAUCACCUCGGAUAGAUUCGGGACAUUUCGGAGAGCUAAAAAUACAACCUCCUCUCUAUUAG